AUGGUGCUCAGCAUCCUCCUCACACUCAGAGAAAAGAUCAGGCAAGCGGUCAAGCUCAAGCAUGGCGACCAUGCUGCUACCACCGACGGAUCACACGAAACGUCCGCGGCCGGACGCGCGCUGCAAAUCUACGACAUCGUCGCCUGUAUCAUUGAGCAAUUCGAUGGUGACUCCUCGGACGCGGAGCUCAAAGCAGCCUGUGCCAAGGCGGCCCUUGUCUCUCGCUCGUUUGCGGAGCCGGCAUCACAGAUGCUCUGGAGGGAGCUAUCACCGGACCUGGAUCCCUUCUGGCGUAUAUUCCGAUCUCCUCAGUCUCCGCAGAACGCUUGGAGAAUCUCACGCGUUCUCCACGGCCAAGAGAAGCGCAUAUACACACCUGAGGAUGAAGCGAGAAAGAUCAUCUCUUCUGUGCAGUACAAUGACAAAUACUUGCGCCAACGCUUCUACCACUGCGCUUCCCACGUGCGACGCCUGCAUCUUCCUGUGUUCGUGGCGGCAACCGAAUGGAUUCUCAUGGCCAUCCUGAUCACCAAACGUCCCACAACGGCCCCGCUCUUCCCCGCGCUGCAAGAACUGCAUCUUCAUACGAACUGGAUUCCACUGUCCUUAUCUAACCUUAUCCCUCGUCAUCUCCGUCGCCUAAAUUUCGUUAUCCACCACGACGAAACAUAUAAACACGCGGCGGGCACAAUCGACCUUUUCCGGCAGCAUGUCCCCGAUCUGUCCGGACUCAGGAUCGAAUACGACCCAAGGUGUGGGUGGGGCUGGGUCUCUGUUGAAACCCUACAGUCUCUCUGCAAAUUUCAAGCGCUCCAGUCACUCAAUCUUGAGGAGACUUGCACCCCGUGGCGCACUCUCCUCCGGCUGAUCGCCGAAGCUGGACCUUUGUUCCAUCAACUCUUGGAACUGUCUGUGCAUCUUCUUGACGAGGCGCCUGCCGAAGGCGCACAACCUGAAUCCCAUCUCCCUGUCGUGUGCCUUCCUCGCUUGCAGCACUUUGCCUGUGUGGGUACCUUCCUAGUGAUAUCUUCCUUCGUCGAUCACCUCCACGCAUGCGCCCUCACCGAAGCCAAGUUUCCACGCAUCGACUACAUCUCCACCCCCGAGGUCGCUUUGCAACACUUCCACCACCAACUCCACGGCCUCAGCGCCUCCUGCUUCUCUUCCCACCUCCACACCCUGCACCUGACUAUCGCCCCGCGCAUUGUCAUCGUCGCCCUAGUCCACUACACCCCCUUCAUCUCGCUCGCCACACUCCUCAGCCCGCUCUUCUCCCUCCCAGCGCUCCAAGACUUCGCCUUCGAGGUCGCGAUCUCCCCCACGAUCGGCAUCCACAUCACAGACGACGACCUCGCCGCGCUCGCGCGCGCCUGGCCCGCCCUCCGCGCGCUCGACAUCCGCCGGCACCCCAACGCGCUCUCCGCGGGGCCCGACUACGGCGGCGACGCCUCCCUCCGUCCCUCCUCCACCUCGCGCGGGGCUGCCCCCAUCUCGAACGCCUCACGCUGCUCAGCGCCCUCGCGGGCUUCGUCGUCGGGACGGAGACCAACUUGUCGAGGGCUCCGAGAGGACCCGCGCCCGCUGUGGGAGGAAGCGGUGCUCGAGAUCUUGGAGCGUCGCUACCCCGGGAUGUGGACCGGGGCCGACGGUCUGCUCGUCUGA